UCAGUCUAACGCCAGCUCUCCGGCCGAAAACUCGGAUCAGAUGCAAUUCGCUGAGGUUUUCAGCUGAACCGCGGCUCGUGCGCCCAUAGAGAGCUCUUAUAAUCAAGAGCUCUGGCUCCACUUCACGCAACUUCAUCCAUCCGUCUUCUCCUAGGCCAGGUUCAUCAAGGACAUCACAAAGAGUCGUCAUCAUGGCCCCCAAAGGUGGAGAGCCUCCGUUUAUCUAUUAUCCCGAAAUUCGCCAGGGGCCCCCUGUUCCAUACCGGAAUGAGGACCAGUCGAUCCCCGCCUUUCGGGGAACCCCUUUGGUGAUCGGAGCUGCGCUCAUCCACUCCGUCGGCUUCGUGCAAAGCUAUUUCUGGCGUAAUGCAGGCUUCGGAAUCAUCCGUGACAUCCCCGACCUGGACCAGUAUUCGGCGCGCUACGACCCAACCGUGAUACCCGUGCAGAGCGCUGAGUCUGGAUUAACUGCGGGCGCAAGUCUUCCAGCACCAACAGCGAGAAGGAGAGGCGACGCAGGAUACUAUACGUCGGCAGACUAUCAUGCGCUUUACAAGUCUGGAGAGUUAACUCCCACGGCGGUUGUUGAGUCCCUGAUUCCGCUUCUUCGUCGCGAUACCCAGCCCACCGGUAAACAUUCCAUUGCGUUUCUAGACUGUCAGAUCGAGAGGGCGCGAGCUGCAGCUGCAGCUUCUACGGAGAGGUACAAAAAUGGUCAACCCUUGGGACCUAUGGACGGUAUUCCCGUUGCGGUUAAAGACGAAGUUCACAUGGAGGGAUACCGACGAACCCUUGGAACGAAAAUGGAUUUCACAGGCUCAGUUACGGGGACAUCUUGGUGUGUGAAGAAGUGGGAGGAAGCAGGCGCCAUUAUCGUUGGGAAAACCACGAUGCACGAGCUCGGGUUGGAUACCACCAACAACAACCCCAACUACGGCACCCCUAGGAACCCGCACAGCCCAAACUACUAUUGCGGCGGCUCCUCAGGAGGCUCUGGAUAUGCCGUUAGCUCCGGUCUGGUCCCCAUCGCUCUCGGAGCCGACGGCGGAGGCUCAAUUCGCAUUCCAUCCUCCUUCUGCGGCGUGUGGGGGCUCAAGCCCUCGCACGGCCGAGUCAGCGGAUCGCCCACCGUUUCUCUAGCCUCAACAGUCGGCGUAUAUGGUCCUAUUGCCUCAAACAUCGACGACCUCGCCUUAGCAUACCGCAUCAUGGCAACCCCCGCACCCACCGCCGAAGACCCGCAGUCGGCCUUAUUCCCUUCCCCGCUCUCCACCCUUGCCCUCCACCACCCCCGCAAAGGUCAAGACAAAACCAUCGGUAUCGUCCGCGACUGGAUCGACCGCGCUGAACCCGCCGUGCGCUCUGUCUUCGACCGCGCGCUCGCCUACUACCGUAGCCAAAACUACACCGUCAUCGACAUCACGAUCCCCUAUCUCCCCGAAGGCCAACGCGCCCACGUGCUAACCAUCAUGGCCGAAAUCGCCUCGGGCCUCUCCCCACGCCAAAUCCGCGCCCUCACAGCCCCCAACAAAGUCCUCGUCACCAUGGGCAUGUACCAGAUCUCCAGCCAGGAUUUCCUCGCCUCCCAGCGUCUCCGCAGCCUUCUCAUGUCGCAUCUCGCCUAUCUCUUCCACGCCCAUCCUGGCCUCCUGGUUCUGUCCCCGACUACCCCGAUCCCCGGCUGGAAGAUUGCCGGCGGGGACGCGGACUUGGCCCGUGGCGUCUCGGACGGGAAAUCCUCCGUUCGCAAUAUGGAGUAUGUCUGGCUGGCGAAUUUCACGGGCUGUCCCGCUAUCACCUGCCCGGCCGGAUAUGCAGAGGAUAACGGGACUAGAGUCCCGCUUGGCCUCAUGGCUAUGGGCGAAUGGGGGACGGAGGAGGAUUUGAUUGAUUUUGCGAGAGACGGAGAAGGUAUCUUGGACCUUCCGGAGAAUAAACCAACCACCGCCACCCCUACUGAAGCGGGGGAGCAGCAAGUUGGGUUGACGAUCCCUUGUGGUGUCGGUUCUGUUUGGGAGGAUGUUAUGGGAAAUGCCGGGAAACUGACUUCCGAGUAGAUGUAACGGAUUGUUUUUUUUUUUUUUUUUUUUUUUUUUUUUUU